CCUUGAUGGAUUAGUAUAUAAAAAAGUGUUCCAUAAUUUAUGCAGCAAUUAGAUAAACGCGUUGAAAACCGUUUCCUAUCGAGAUAUUGGAAUACUGUGUUUAGGGAAAAAAUUAUUUUCUUUUUUGGAGCGAAUUUUACAGGGACUAUAAUAUUGUUUUAUUUUUUUUCUGAAUUAUGGAUGAAGAGGUUGGGAAGACUGAAAGUCAUAAUACAGCGGACAUGUUCACAACGCUACAAGAACACGAACUGAAAGUCAAGGAACUUAGAAGUGUGUUCGUGGACCCUCCCAAAGAAAUGGACCCCCAGUCCCGGACCGCUAAAGAGAAGAUUCAGGCCGGAAUACAGGGUGUUAAAAACAAUUCCAAACGCUUUGUGAACUUUGUGAAAAGUAAGAUCCGACGGAAAGAGAAAGAAACGAUAGUACAAGACGUAAACAUCGUACAGGAAGAAGACGACGAGACUUGGGCGAGAAGAUCUGUAGGCAGCGCCGCCUCGCGGUCAAGUAUUGACUCCAAACUGUCGUCUGGGUCUGACAGAAACGAAAACACAGACAUUUUGAGUGAUUGUGAAAAUGAUGUUGUUGAAUGAUGAAAACACACGUAUGAAGCAAAUUUAACAUUUCAUAAAUUUGGAAUCAUUUUGGUGCUGUUAUGUGCAAUUGAGACUUCAUUGAGAGAAGUCCGUGGAUUAUUUCCAACUUCAGGGUUGAGGAGCAAUCCAAGUCAUCGAAAUGUUUCACAACUUCUAAUAAAUCUAAAAACAGUGUAUGGUUUGAAAGAAAAGGGAUUUUAAAACUUCCAUAUUUGUUCUAUAUCUUUGUUCCAUUUCUUGCAAAUAUAAUGAUAGAGCUACGAAGAUCAUUUUCAACUUUUUUAAAUUAAUUACGUACUUAAUUUUUGUUUUAUCUUGAUUAGAAAAAGAUGACAAAUAUUACUUUGUAUUCAAUGUCACUGAAACAAUCACAAGUCAAAAUAAAUUGAAUCUGAAUACCAUGUAUUCUGUUAGCUGAUGUAAAUUAUACAAUGCAUGCAUCAUAUUUAUUUAUUUAUUGUAAUUUACAAUGAAAACUUGACUUUUGCUUUUCCUU